UGUAGAUUUGUAUGACAUAUGACAUGCAAAAUAAUGAUUAACCAAUUGUAUGGUUACUAUAGGUUUGAAAUGUCAUUGCGAUAUCUGUCCUCCGGAGUCGAACCACACGUGCGAAACCGAUGGCCUGUGCUUUGCCUCGACGUCCGUCGAUGAGGACAAACGGAUCGUUCACUCGUAUAGGUGUGUCCACAAGAACGAUCUGUUCCCUCCCGAGAACCCGAUAAUAUGUCAACACUCGGGGUCUUUACUCAA